AGCUGCUCAGGGUGAUGAGGACGAUCGACGACAGAAUCGUCCACGAGCUGAACACUACGAUUCCAACAGCUUCCUUUGUGGGGAAGGUUGAUGCCGGACAGACGUGUAAAGAGCUGUACCAGUCUUUGAUGGAUGCUCACACCAGCAGAGAGAGAAUCAUCAAAAACUGCAUCGCUCAGACUUCCAGUGUAGUGAAAACUCUCAGAGAAGAGAGGGAAAAGGCCCAGGAUGACGUAGCGUUAUUAAAGCAGCUCAGGAAAGAGCAGACAAAGUUGAAAUUGAUGCAGUCGGAGCUGAAUGUUGAAGAAGUGGUAAACGACAGAAGCUGGAAGGUAUUUAAUGAGCGUUGCCGAAUUCACUACAAGCCUCCGAAGAGUCAAUGAUGUGGGAUAUUUUUCAUCAAGGUGGUCCAUAACCAUGAGAGCCAAACUGGAAAGAGACCUUGGGUGAGCUGUAUUGGGACUCGCCAGAACCAGUAGAACCCAAUCUUGUUUUGUUUUGGACCUGCUUAGCUGAAAUCUCAAGGUUGAAGUGAUUCUCCUGUAAUUAAAACAACUCAUCUUUUGUACAAAAUAUGUGAACAAAUGAAUUUUAUAGUAUUAAAAUAAUUUUCAA